UGGAUGUUUCUAUGUGGCUGCCUGUCCGCCUGGUCCACCCUUGCCUGAUUAUCAUCGACGUUCAAACCUCUUCGAGACUUGGUCUGACCAAGAGCAUAACAAUUAGCAUUUCCCAAACGGCGGGGGUUGACCUGCCUCCCUUGGGUUUGCUUAUGGUUGUUUGCUUAUCGACAAAGUUGGAGGAGUUCCCGUAUUUGCGGGAACUCAGAAAGUACUUGCAUUGCUCUUGACCUGACUAGGUCCACCCUGCCUGCUCGCCUGGCCCCCUCUGGCCCCCUGAGCCCUCCUGCUGUGCGAUUCUCCAAGCACUUCCUCCAGCAGAUACACACACACGCUCAGGAGGAUUUCUGCAGCCAUCUCUCUUUCUCUCUCUCUGUCUCUGUCUCACUCUCUCUUAUCUACCUGCGACGCGUCCACCAUCUCCAGACCUGUAACUUUACACGCCAGUCAGAGUCAGUGCGCCUGUGGCAGCGUUAGCAGCAACAGCUGAGACACUACCUACAGAUUCCCAGACCGCCGCGCUGUGCCGCCCGCGGGAGCUGAAGCGCUAGCAGACAUGGAGAUAACACACCCCUCCAUUUGAGUCAGUCUCCAACUGAAUAAUUAAUCCCAGAGCCCCCAGGAGUGCUCGCCACCGAGCCAUGCGUUCGCAACCUCAACCGUCCUCCUCCUCCUCCUCCUCCACCUCCUGUGGAGAAGGAACCAUGCGUCUGCGGCUGCGUCUGCAACUGUCCUCCUCCUCCUCCUGCUCCUCCUCCUCCUCCUCCUCCUGUGGUAUAGGAGCCACGCGACUACAUCCGCGACUGAACUCCUCCUCCUCCUGUGAUUUAGGAGCCAUGCGUCUACGUCCGUGUCCACGGCUGUCCUCCUCCUCCUCCUCCUUCUUCUUCUGUGGCGUAGGAGACACAGGGAGGCUCCCGCUGCUCCUCCUCCUGGGCCUCCCUUUACUCCUCUUGCUCCUCAGCGGUCCACAGCCCAGCCUAGCCUCCUCCUCCUCCUCCACUUCCUCCUCCUCCUCCUCCUCGCACCAUCGCCACCACCUCCACCGGGACCCGAAGCACUGCGGCAGCCAGCGGCAGACGCACCACGACAUCGUGCUGGCGGUGGUGCUGCCGCAGAACAACACGGCGUACCCGUGGGCCUGGCCCCGCGUCGGCCCGGCGCUGCACCGCGCCGUCGCCCGCAUCAACCGCGACCGCGACCUCCUGCCCGGCCGCAACCUGAGCCUGGAGUUCGCCAGCAGCGAGGACCACCGCGGCAUCUGCUCCGAGUCCGUUGCGCCCCUCAUGGCCGUGGACCUGAAGUUCGCCUACAACCCGUGGGCCUUCAUCGGACCGGGCUGCGACUACACCUCCUCGCCCGUCGGAAUGUUCACCAAGCACUGGGGCAUCCCCAUGGUGACGGCGGGCGCGCCGGCCGUGGGCUUCAUCCAGGCGGACGUCUACACCAGCAUCACCAACACGGGUCCGAUACACUCCAAGCUGGGCGAGUUCGCGUUGCACCUGUGCCGCCACUUCGGGUGGCAGCAGCACGCCAUCAUCAUGUUCAGCGACAGCAAGGUCGGCGACCGGGCGUACUACUUUGCGGCCGAGGGCGUGUACACCAAGCUGCAGGAGGAGAACAUCACGGCGCAGGACCUGGUGUUUAAUCAGGACGCCGUCAACUACGCGGACAUCGUCACCAGGAUCCAGCAGGAGGGACGAGUGGUGUUUGCAUGCUGUGCUCCGGACAUCUUCCGCCAGCUGAUGGUUCACUUCAAGAAGGCCGCGCUGCCCCCGGAGGAGUACGUCUUCUUCUACAUCGACGUGUUUGGACACAGCCUGGACUCCGCACACGCAAAGCCCUGGCACAGGGGGGACCCGGAUGACGACAUCGCCAGGGAGGCUUUUCAGAGUGUGAAGAUCAUCAGCUACGAAGAGCCCCAGAAUCCAGAGUACAAAGACUUUGUGAUGAACUUGAAAAAGGACGCCAAGCGGAUGUUCAAUUUUACCGUGGAGGACUCCCUGAUGAACAUCAUCUCUGGCGGCUUCUACGAUGGCCUGAUGCUGUACGCGCAGGCGCUCAACGAGACCAUGGAGGGAGGCGAGGCCAUGCCAAACGGAGACAAGGUCACCAAGAGGAUGUGGAACCGCACCUACUACGGAGUGACAGGAUUGGUGCAGAUUGAUGAGAACGGCGACCGCGAGACCGACUUCGCCCUCUGGGACAUGACGGACAUGAGCUCAAGUGUCUUCCAGACUGUGCUGGUGUACAAUGGCACCCAGAAGGAGAUGCUGCCGGCCCCUGGCAUGGUGGUGCAGUGGCCGGGGGGGACCAUCCCCCGCGACGUGCCCGAGUGCGGAUUCAAGAACGACAACCCUGUCUGCCUAGCCAGGACCAUCACUCUGCAGCAGAUGGUCAGCAUCGUGGUCUUCUUCGUCCUCGUCAUCAUCCUGACCGUCACCGUGUUCGUCUACAGGCGUUUGAAGCUGGAGAAUGAGCUGGUUGCCCAGCUCUGGAGGAUAUCCUGGGAGGACAUCCACAUGAGCAACCUGGAGAAGGCUCUACGCAGCGCGGGCAGCAAGCUCACCCUCUCCCUGAGAGGAUCCAACUACGGCUCGCUGCUCACUGGAGAUGGCAACUUCCAGGUGUUUGCCAAGACCGGCUACUUUAAGGGGAAUAUUGUUACUAUCAAGUACAUUAACAGGAAGCGGAUAGAGCUGACAAGAAAAGUGCUCUUUGAACUGAAACAUAUGAGAGACGUGCAGAACGAGCACCUGACGCGUUUCAUCGGGGCCUGUAUCGACGCCCCCAACAUCUGCAUCUGCACCGAGUACUGCCCACGAGGCAGCCUGCAGGACAUCAUGGAGAACGAGAGCAUUACGCUAGAUUGGAUGUUCAAGUACUCUCUCAUCAACGACAUUGUCAAGGGCAUGGCUUUCCUGCACAACAGUGUCAUCGUCUCCCAUGGCAACCUGAAGUCCUCCAACUGUGUGGUGGAUAAUCGAUUCGUGCUGAAGAUCACUGACUACGGCCUCUCCAGCUUCCGCACAGAGUCCGACCUCAAGGAUGCCCACUCUUACUAUGCCCGGAAGCUGUGGACGGCUCCUGAGCUGCUGAGGAUGGAGUGUCCCCCGCCGGCCGGUACCCAGAAGGGGGACGUGUACAGCUUUGGCAUCAUCCUGCAGGAGAUCGCACUCAGGUGCGGAGCCUUCUACCUGGAGGAGGACUGCCUAAGCCCCAAAGAGAUCAUAGACCGCGUGGCUCUGGGCGAGUGGCCGUACGUGCGGCCCACGGUGAACCCCCAGGUGCACAGCGAGGAGCUGGGUCAGCUGAUGCAGCGCUGCUGGGCCGAGGACCCGCCCGAGAGGCCCGAGUUCAACCACAUCAAAGUGCUGCUGCGCAAGCAGAACAGAGAGCACAGCAGCAACAUCCUGGACAACCUGCUGUCUCGUAUGGAGCAGUACGCCAACAACCUGGAGGAGCUGGUGGAGGACAGGACGCAGGCCUACCUGGAGGAGAAGCGCAAGGCAGAGGCACUGCUCUAUCAGAUAUUACCACAUUCUGUGGCGGAGCAGCUUAAGAAAGGGGAGACGGUGCAGGCGGAGGCCUUCGACUCGGUCACCAUCUACUUCAGUGACAUCGUCGGCUUCACCGCCCUCUCGGCUGCCAGCACUCCCAUGCAGGUGGUGACCCUCCUCAACGACCUUUACACCUGCUUUGAUGCCAUCAUUGACAACUUUGAUGUUUACAAGGUUGAGACCAUAGGUGAUGCCUACAUGGUGGUGUCGGGGCUGCCUGUGCGUAACGGGAAGCUGCACGGCCGAGAGAUCGCCCGUAUGUCGCUCGCGCUGCUGGAGGCCGUCCGCACCUUCAAGAUCCGCCAUCGGCCUGACCAGCAGCUCAAGCUGAGGAUAGGGCUACACAGCGGUCCUGUGUGUGCUGGUGUGGUGGGAUUGAAAAUGCCUCGUUACUGUCUCUUUGGGGACACAGUCAACACAUCCUCACGAAUGGAGUCUACUGGCGAAGCCUUGAAGAUCCACGUGUCGGAGGCGACGCACGCGGUGCUGCAGGAGUUCACCAGUUUCCAGCUGGAGCUGCGCGGGGACGUGGAGAUGAAGGGCAAGGGCAAGAUGAGAACCUACUGGCUGCUGGGGGAGAACUCAUGUGACAGCGACUGUGAACUGAACUGAACUGAGGAACUGAAAGGAGGCCUGAACUGUGAACCGUACAAUACGCAGUGCAGUGUACAGGCAGGAACUUUCUGUCUGUCUUUUUCUUUUUCUCUGUUUCUUUCUCUCUCUCUCUCUCUCUCUCUCUCUCUCUCUCUCUCUCUCUCUCUCUCUCUCUCUCUCUCUCUCUCGUGGAGAUGAAGGGCAAGGGCAAGAUGAGAACAAGAUGAGAACCUACUGGCUGCUCGGGGAGAACUCAUGUGACAGCGACUGUGAACUGAACUGAACUGAGGAGCUGAAAGGAGGCCUGAACCGUACGCUACGCAGAGCACCCACAGGAACUUUCUCUCUGUCUUUUUCUUUUUCUCUGUUUCUUUCUCUCUCUCUCUCU